AUGGUCAACCAGAAACUGCUUAUAGGAGUCGACGUUGGUGGCACAAACACCGACUCGGUGCUGAUUAACCCGCUUUCACUGGACACUAAGAACCGUGGCGUGCUCGCGUGGAACAAGUCUGCCACAACGGCCGAUGUUUCGGACGGAAUCCAGAAGGCUAUCAGGAGUCUGCUGACGGAUUGUCCAGAUGUGGCCAAAGACGAGAUUGCUUCGGUCACAAUUGGAACCACUCACUUCAUCAACGCGGUCAUUGAACAGGACGCCGCGAAGCUGGAAAAAGUCGCCGUUCUCCGGCUGAGCACCAACUACUCCAAGUAUGCUCCCCCGUUUUCCGACUUUCCUGGCGGGCUCCGGUCCGUUAUGGAAGGAUACACGGCCAUUUUGAAAGGUGGCCACAGAAUUGACGGAACAGAGGUCCAGCCGUUGGACGAAGCUUCGGUCAGAGAACACGCGCUCAAAAUUCGCGAUUUGGGGCUCAACUCUAUCGUGAUCAACGGACAGUUUGCCCCAAUGUACCAUGGGCACGAACAACGGGCAGCAGAGGUUGUGCGCUCGGUUCUCCCAAAAGCCAACAUUGUUCUCUCCAGUACAAUUUCGACGAUCGGCUUUAUUGAGCGCGAGGACGCCUCCAUCAUCAACGCCUCGAUCAUGUCUUUUGCCAGGAAGAUCAUUCUGUCGUUCAAAAACGCCAUUCGCCAGAUCGGACUGGAGUGUCCGCUUCUUCUCACCCAGAACGACGGAACGGUCGUUUCCACCGUGGAAGCCAUGAAAACGCCGGUCAAAACAUUCUCGUCGGGAGCCACCAAUUCCAUGAGAGGAGCAGCUAUUUUGUGCGCCGAGGAAGAAUGGACCAAAGGCCAGUCGAUCAUUGUGGCGGACAUUGGCGGAACCACAACUGACGUUGGUCUGCUGCUUCCUUCAGGUUUUCCGCGCCAGUCUUCUGCGUACUCCUUUAUUGCCGGCGUGAGAACUAACUUCUCGAUGCCACACGUGGAGUCCAUCGGUCUCGGGGGCGGCUCUAUAGUCAAGAUCGCCGAGGAUAUCACUAUUGGGCCGGAAUCAACAGGUGCAAACCUGCUUACGGAGGGACUGGUGUUUGGAGGGAAGACCACAACUGCGACAGACGUGACGGUUGCAAUUGGUCUGGAAGACGAAACUGUUGAAGAUAAAAGCAUAUUCCAGGUUGGCGACGGCCAGAAGGUGGUUGGCAAGUUUUCCGAUGACGUGAAGCAGGCGUUUCAGCAGGAAGUUAGGGAAAUGCUGGAAAAUGCCAUUGAUAGAAUGAAAACGUCUCCGGAACCAAUUCCCGUGCUGCUCGUCGGGGGAGGGUCGAUGAUUGCUCCACAGGAGCUGGACGGAGCAAGCAAAGUGUUUCGGCCUCCAUUCUUUGGAGUGGUCAACGCCAUUGGAGCGGCGGUGGGCAAAAUCUCUGCCCAUGUUCAGGCUAUCAAACGGAUGGAGCCGUCAGACGACAAGGACGUUGUUCUGCAGCAGCUGAAGCUCCAAGCCGUGGAAAAGGCUGUGGCCAAGGGGGCCAUCAGAGACUCUUUGGUUUAUGACGAUAUAGUCGUGAACCCGAUUCCGUACGUUCCAAACACGAUCGAGUUCAUGGUGAAAGUUAUUGGUGAGGUUGACUACCAAGCCAUGCACUAUUCUGUUCCUGAAGAAGGAGAUGGCGAGCCCGAGGAGUCUGGAGGCAGUGUUGCAAAACACUCUGAGACCUCUGCAAACUAUAUUGAGCACAAUCUGAAGUUUGACGUCGGCUCGUACAGACCGCUCGUUAACAGCGAAAAAGAGUGGAUCUUAUCAGAAAUUGACUGUGAAUUUUUGAGGAUCGGUACAUAUAUUUUGGGAUGUGGUGGAGGCGGAACGCCGUACCACCAUUAUCUGGCCCUGAGACAUAUGGUUCGCGCUGGCAAGCCUGUGAAAGUAAUCAGGCCGCAGGACUUCCCGAAAUACCAAAAGGACGACGGUGCCGUUGUUGCAGUCGGCUACGCGGGAUCUCCAACAGUCGGUCUGGAACAACUUUCGGGCGACGAGAUGGUGCACGGCUACAAUUUGGUGAAGCGGUUCAGCAACGUUACGCCCCAAGCGUCGCUUCCAUGGGAGAUUGGAGGCGGAAACGGUCUAACGGGGCUCAAAAUAGCGGCAGAUCUGGGUAUCCCAUGUGUGGAUUCAGAUUUCAUGGGCAGAGCGUAUCCCCUGUUAUGGCAGAUGAUUCCCGUCUGCUACUCCGAGCAGCCGUGUUUCCCACCCUGUGCGCUUGCAGACGGCAACGGAACGACCAUGCUGCUUUCUGAGGCUGCCAGCGACGUGAUUGUGGAGAAAGUGUUUAGGGCAGCGUUAUCAGAGAUCGGAGCGCAUUGUGGUAUGGUUUCGUUUAUGACGGCUGAGGAUAUUUCACAGAGGAGUAUCCACAAUACCACGUCGCUCGCUUGGAAGGUAGGAAGAGCUGUUCACGCUGCUCGACAGAACUCCGAGGUGCAAAAUUGCGCCGAGUACAUUAUUGAGGCCUGUGGUGGAGCCGAUACUGCGAAGAAGAUAUUCACUGGAAAAAUUGUUCGUGUUGAUAGACGGCUGUUCAAGGGCCACGUUUAUGGAGAAAUCGAUGUCAAGGACGAACACAGCGAUGCGGUGAUGACGAUUCCGUUCAAGAACGAAAAUAUCUACUGCGAGCUGGAUGAAAAUGGCAGCAAGAAAAUCACAGCUUCAGUGCCGGACCUAAUAUCCGUCAACGACGCAGAGACAGGCGAGGCACUGGGCACACAGGACUAUCGGUACGGGCUGCACGUAUUUGUCCUUGUGAUUUCUCCAAGCACGAGAUGGACAGACACGGCCGAGGCGCUCAAAACAGGAGGCCCGUCCAGCUUUGGCUACGAUUUCGAGUACACGCCGAUCGGAACUUACGUAAAGCCUUCCAGCGUGAUAGACGAAUAUUCGAGCUAG